UUAUUCAUGCUUAUAAUUAUUAAUGUUGGCCUACAUAUACAUAUUAUUACUUUUUCUCCAGUUGUGCAUUUUUUCAUUAAAGCCCACGUUUUAUUUGCGCUUUGCGCUUAAAGCCCCAACGGACCUUAGAGUUUUUUUGCGUUUUUCGCCUUUGAUAACACUGCACACCCUAAGGUUUUUGGAUUUACUUAAACAUGGUUCCUCGUCCUUUGUUUUGCCAUGCUUUUCUUUUUCCCGGUUGUUGUUGUGGCAAAGGAGUGAUGGUAAGGAAGGUGCAUGUCAUAUGAUGAAGUCUUCUUGCAGUUCCAUUGCAGUGUUUUUUGAUUAGUCAAAUCAUUGUCAAUGGGCAGAAAAGGGGGAUAGAAAGUUGUUGUUUUUUCCUUUUUAGGGGGAGGGAGGGUUUGCUGACAUGGACGUUCCCUUAUUCAUCGUUUGUGUACUUAUCUUUCUGAUGUCUCUUCAGGGAAUGGCUUCUUCUGGGGACUCGUGGAUCAGGGAAUAUAAUGAAGCAGUAAAACUCACAGAUGACAUCGGUAACAUGAUAUCUGAAAGAAGUUCAUUGCCCGCAACAGGCCCAGAAGCACAGCGUCAUUCAUCUUCAAUAAGGAGGAAGAUCACAAUAUUAGGAACUAGGCUUGAUAGCUUACAGUCUAUUGACUCUAACCUUCCUGGAAAGCAACGCUUGACAGAGAAAGAGAUGAAUCGUCGGAAGGAUAUGCUUGCAAAUUUAAAAUCAAAAGCAACCCAAAUGGCCUCCACAUUGAAUAUGUCGAACUUUGCCAAUAGGGACAGCUUGCUUGGACCAGAAACAAAGGCAGCAGAUGCUAUGAGCAGAACUACAGGCCUUGAUAAUUAUAGUGUUGUUGGUCUUCAAAGGCAAAUUAUGAAGGAACAAGAUGAGGGGCUUGAGAAAUUAGAGGAGACUGUGAUAAGCACCAAACAUAUAGCAUUGGCUGUUAAUGAGGAGCUCGGCUUGCAAACAAGACUCAUUGAUGAUCUAGAUGAACAUGUUGAUGUUACUGACUCAAGACUUCAGCGAGUCGGGAGGAAGCUUGCAAUUUUGAACAAACGAUCAAAGGGUGGUUGCUCUUGCAUGUGCAUGCUUUUAUCUGUGAUUGGGAUUGUAAUACUUGUUGCAGUUAUAUAUAUGUUGAUCAAGUAUUUGUAAAUGGGUGGAAGAAAAGGUAAACUGUAAAUGCAAAAUAACUAUGUACAUUGAGUGUGCCUUGGAAGAACUUAAGGCUUCCCUCUGCUUCUUUUUUCAUUCAUUGCUUGGGUGAUUUGAUAUGUUCCAUGAUAUUGAUCAUUGAUUUUUGUGUAUUGAAGACAGAUUCUAAGCUCAUGUUCCACUUGGCAUGUUUUUUAA